CGCAGACGAAGGGUUUACUCUGACACAAACAUGUCUGAUCAACUUUYGAUCUUACAACCACAACAACUUCUUUCUCAGUUUUCUCCUCAUUGCAACAAUGUCAGAGGUUUAUAUUGGACUCAGAAAAAGGAGAAAGAGAACGCAUCCAAGCAAGUGCCCUUGUUGUAUCGCGGACCAAGAAGUUGAACCGGAAAAUGAAGCAAGCGCCGGUAGUGAGAAUACCAUUGACGUUAUCAAGGAAAACAGACAAAUUAAAAGGAAAAGAGCAAUAAAAAGAAAACCUAAUGAAACCAGAAGUGAGAGUGAGUCUGAACAGAAUUACAGUGAAACUAAAUCACCACCURCUAAGAAAAGUAGAAAGUUAAGGAGUAGUUCUGAAGAAAGUCCACAACAAUCAACAACUGCAAAGAAAGUAUCUAAAACUAGAUGCAAAAGCAACCAYGAAAAGAGUACAAAAUCUGAAAAAACUCUCACAAAAUCCAAAACCAAAAAAGGUGGAGUUAAAACUAAAAACAUUUCAAACAAAGAGUUGAAAAGUAACAAUAAGAAUACUAAAACRUCUGAACAUGAUUCAGAUGAAGAUAUCAAAAGAGAUGAAGGUGAAGGACAACAUGAGGAUGUAGUUACAGYGGCAAAAGCUUCAAAAAAUAAAGCAAGGUCUCAUAACARUAAAAGAAAAGCUACAAAAAGCAAUUGUGGGCGAGUAAAGCCACAUCCCAUCAACACAAAAACAAAACAAGKUAACUCAAAGACAGAGGAUGAUGAUGAAGAUGACCAUUUGACUUCAAAAAGUGUGAAAGUGAAAAAGACAGUUUCUAAGCAAGCUGUUAAAGGAAAGGCACUCAGAAGAGUUCCAGUUGAAAAGCCUUCACUUGCAUUUAUAAAGACAGCAAGCAAAACAAAAGGCUCAGCCUUAACUCAGGUCRUGCAACUUAAAAUAUCAGUGUUUGAUGACCUUUACAGUAAAUUAAAAUCAAGAAAUAAGGACAUCUCCAUUGAAGAAGCUGCUGAAAUGUUGUCCAAAAUUUCCAGUGACAACCUUCUGAUAGCUUUUAAAACUUCACAAAAACCUGAUAAGCUUGRGAGCAAUGCCUCGAGGCAAGAGAAAAAAGUGAUUUCUGAUACUGAAGAGAUUGUGUCGCAAGCAGCGGAAGCAUUAGUUAGUUUUAGAGCAAAGUCUCCUAUUUCAAGAGAAGAUCCCAAUAAGAGUGAAAAGAUCAAUCCAACUCAAUCUUCUUUCACUUCAUCAACUGCUCCAUUAAUUUCUCAAGCAGGUGAGAAAGUGAAACCUUCUGUUACUGCAGCUGCAAGUGCUGUGCAAGCUUUAAUGCAGUUUCAAAGUAGUAGCUCAGUUCCAUGUACUUUCCCUAGUACACUUACCUCAUCAAAAGUACCACAGAACAUGCUUCAUGGAGUAUUACCAGCAGUUACAUUAUCACAAUCAUUUCCCCAAUUGUUACAACCAAACUUGACAACAUCAUUCACUAACCUUAUGCCUAUGGUCAGUUCACAUGCUACUUUACCAAGCUUUAGCCAGAUAGCUGCUCAUUUGAGGCCACCACCACCAAUGUCUGGAAUCACCAAUACACUGUCCAGCAAUCUUCCAGGUGGUAUGCAGUCUCCUUUGAUCACACCAAGUCUAUCCAGUGCAAGUGUUCCAUCUACUUCACUAAUGUUACCAAAUCAACCACUCCUUCAACCUCAACUUCAGCAACCUUUACCAUUGACAAACCCAGUGACUUCCUGCAAGCCAAAUUUGACAGCAGUAAAGAAUACAGCACCAACUGUGGAAACAACUKCCAACAAGACAACCACACAGAAACAGAAUCCACUGCAGCAACCAUUGAAAGGCAUGGAAGAAGUUGUAGGAAAUGUUGGCACUAAUGUUCCCCAGCCGAUUCUCUGGAAUCUCAAGUCACCAGUUGUAUUUCUAGGAAGUCCUCAAAAUCUGGGAGGAGUACCACGCAAUUUGGUGGCUUCACCGAGCACCAGUCAGAGUGGGACAAGUUUAGAGCAAGCUGGAUACCGUCCAGUUGCACCAAAACCUGUUUCAAAGUCAGAUACUUCCCAUUCAACAGCAGCCCCAGUGUCAUCUGUACCUAACUUGCUAACACUUGGUGGAAGGCCAAUUCUUCCCCGAACUCAGUUACAAGGUGGAGAUGACARUAAGAAACUUCAGACACCUCAGUCAGGAAUGCCUUUUAUACCUCAACUCCCUUCGAUUAACCCAUCUCAUCCCUAUCAAGCUGCUGGCUCCGCACUGCAACCUUUAACACAAGUUAGUGCAGCUAGUCCUAAGAGAACAACACUGAUGUCUGUGAGUCUCCCCUCAUCAUCUAUCAUCACCAAUCUUCCCUCGUCAUCWACCUCUGURGGACAAACUCUGAGYCCGUUUAUGCAGCAGAGUAUSCAAGAUAAUACUUCUGUCAAAUGUACAUCGCCAUCAACUGUUUCAGCCAAGCAAGCUGUCAAGAAACUUGUCCACGAACGCACAAAAUCUGCUGAACUCAAGAAAGAAGCAAGUGGUGGUGCUAAUCCUCACACAACAACAAAAUUGAAGGCAAUUUUACCUUUACCACCAAAAGAUCCAUCAACAUCAACAGUAACUAGCACUGAAACUAAAAGCAAUGAAUUUAAUCUAGAACAAGCCGCUACUGCUUUACUUAGCAUUGGCGUACCUGAUGGUAUUGAAACCAUUGGCUUGAAGCAAGGCUCCUCAGAUCCUUCAAAAGAUGACUAUGAGGAAGAUGUUGUGUUUACAAGUAAAGGCACUUUUAGAGUUGGUGAUGUUGAUGUAGAUCCACGCUACAAUCGAAUAGGAAGAGAGGGCUACACUUGUGGGAAAUGCAACAAAAUCUUCACAUCUUUAAGCUACCUGGCWCGCCACAUCAAGAGAGUUUGUCCAGACAUGAGUUGUAGGAAAUGGAAAUGUACACUGUGUGACAAAGCCUUCCGUCAUCCAUUUGGUUUACAACAACAUGUGUACACCCAUACUGGAGAACGACCACAUAAAUGCCCUCUAUGUCCUAAAGCCUUUUACAGUUCCAAUGAUUUAAGAAGGCAUAGUAGGAUACACUCAGGUGAAAGGCCAUAUCGAUGUAAACACUGUGAUAAAAGCUUUGCUACUACUAUAUCCCUAAAGACUCAUACCUACAUUCAYACCGGAGAAAAGCCCCACAAGUGUCCACAAUGUCCAAAGACGUUUGCUACAUCAAGUAAACUUGGUCGACAUAUAGUGACUCACUCAGAACAAAGGCCUUACUCGUGUGACCAGUGUCCUAAAUCAUUUAACAGAUCAGGUGAUCUUCGUCGGCAUAAUCUCGCUGUGCAUGAUGGUAAAGAGAAGUCUUUUGAGUGUGAAGUYUGCCCUUCUACCUUUUCUAAGUCAGCUGAUCUCCGUCGACAUAACGUCACCGUYCACCAGAAAACCGUUAAAACAUUACAAUGUGAAGACUGUGGUACUCAGUUCACAACUCAGCUYUGUCUCAAGAUGCAUCGAGACACGUAUCACAAAAAGUCCUCGUCAACUGACUCGGAUAAGAUUCACACAUGUGAUGUGUGUGGUAAGACGUAUAGUAACGCUGCACUACUUACCAAGCAUAAAGCAACCCAUGAAUCUACUGCUGCUUAUAAUCUGAGUCAAUUUCAACAUAUUGCACCUAAACCCUCUGAACAACUCAUGAACGAAGGGGGAACAGGAUGACACGAGUCACGUGGUUCAUUAGAUUGAAGGYGAAUACUCUUGUUCCGAGACCGAUUAUGUUACUGUUCUUAUUAUCACGGGAACACUGCAAUUGAGUCACGUCAUGGAAGUACGUUCCGUGUAUUUUUUGUGUUCUUAGAGGCGAGUACUAAAGUGAAGUCACGUUUGUAUGGGAUCAAAGUGUAUAUAGAUAAAAUGCGUCACUUCGAUACUUGAUUGAAGCAAGGUUUCUUAACUGAAAAUGCCGACUGAUGGUGAACUGGUUAGUUUUUACCUGUUGUCGACAUUCACUUAGAAAGAGAAAUACGACAGUACUAACUAAACCACGAUCUAAACCACGAUGCAUAGCGCGUUAAGAAUCUAUUCGAAUUGUUUUUCGCCUUGAACGGCAAAAUUUGUGGCUGGAACAGUGUUUCUUAGUUAAGCCACUUCGGAUACACGCGUAGCGUGUGUCCAUUUAGCGCACUACAUUUAUCUUGUUUUAACCAGGACUAGACCAUAAGCGAUCUUUAUGGUAUUAGAUCCGUUGUAAUUUCGCGCCAAAACUUGCUUCAAUGCGUUUAAUAAAAUUUGCCGAGUUUUAAAUUAACCAUUAACUCAUUAUACUAAUGUAAUAGUUGGUUAAGUGGGUGUAAUGAAUGUAAACAUAUUUAAAGUGGAUAAAGRUAAUAGUUGGUUUAUAGUAUAAAAUAUAAAGGGAUGCAAUGAGAAGGGCCGGCAUUAGAUUGUAAAUAUGUAAUCGUACUAAAAUACAAUUAUGUUGCACAUUUUGUAAGUAUAGUAAGAAUAAACUUUAUUUUGCAAGGA